UUUUUGAGACAAGACUAACAGGCAGCGAUUUCUUCAGAUCGUACUUUAUUCUUUCAUAAUAUUGUAUAAUUCAAACUGGUUUUUUGUGCGUGUGUGUUUAUUUGACUCGGUAUUUUCCAUUAAAAUGUGUUUUUGAAAUCUUGUGGUUGAAAAUUGUGUUUUCAAACUAUUUUGUGUAUUGUGAUCACAAGUGUCUGGAUAUUUGAUAACUGCUCAGUUCGUGGAGUUUCCAUGCUUUUUACCGCAGGAUGGACGAUUUCCAUAGCCGACCUAGUACAUCAAAGAGUGGGCAGUAGACCCGGGGCCCGGCGCGGCAGCCGCAGCUGGCACGAGUCAUGACGCGGUUCAGGCACUCCAGCAAUUCCGACGCGUACGACAUGGCGGGCUGCGAGGCGUCGCUGACUGCGCCCGCGGCGCCCGACAUGCGCUCGCCCGGCCUGCACUCGCCGGGCAGCGCCACGCGCAAGCGCAAGCCCUCGUCCUACGGCACUGCCAGCGCGUACGAUGACGAUGGCACCGACGACACGCGCUCCACGCGCACCCUGCCUGAUAAGAAACAGAACCACAGCGAGAUCGAGAAGCGGCGUCGCGACAAGAUGAACACGUACAUCACGGAGCUGAGCUCGAUGGUGCCGAUGUGCGGCGCGAUGGCCCGCAAGCUGGACAAGCUGACGGUGCUGCGCAUGGCGGUGCAGCACCUGCGGUCCGUGCGCGGCGCGCUGUCGGCGUGCCCGCUCACGGCGCGCCCGCGCCCUGCCUACCUCUCCGAGCGCGAGCUUAACGCGCUCAUCCUGCAGGCGGCGCACGACUGCUUCCUGCUGGUGGUGGGCUGCGACCGCGGCCGGCUGCUCUACGUCUCGGCCUCCGUCAAGAAGAUGCUCCACUACGACCAAUCGGAGCUGCUGGGCCAGAGUCUGUUCGACAUCCUGCACCCCAAAGACGUGGCCAAGGUCAAGGAGCAGCUGUCCUCGUCCGACCUCAGCCCGCGCGAGAGGCUCAUCGACGCCAAGACCAUGCUCCCCGUGAAGGCUGACGUGGUAGCGGGCGCGUCCCGCCUUUGCCCGGGCGCGCGGCGGUCGUUCUUCUGCCGCAUCAAGUGCAAGGCGCCGCCGGAGGGCGCGGCCGCGGCGCCGUCGGCCACCGUCACGGCGCCCGCGCCCCUCGUCAAGGAGGAGGCCGAGCCCACCGCCAAGCUGCGCAAGAAGCAAAACGAGAGGAAGUACUGCGUGGUGCAGUGCACCGGCUACCUGAAGUCUUGGGCGCCAGCCGAGAUGUGUGAGGGCGGGCCCGAGGGCGGCGAGGACGAGGCGUGCAACCUGUCGUGCCUGGUGGCCGUCGGGCGCGCGCUGCCCGACCUGGCGCCGCCGCCGCCGCCGCCGCCGCCGCCCUUCGCGCCGCCGACGCGCCGCCUGCAGUACGUCUCGCGGCAUGCCACCGAUGGGAAGUACCUCUUCGUGGAUCAGAGGGUGACGCUGGCGCUGGGCUUCCUGCCGCAAGAGCUGCUGGGCACCAGCCUGUACGAGUACGUGGGCGGCGCCGAGCUGGGCGCGGUGGCGCGCACGCACAAGGCGGCGCUGACGCGGCGGGACGCGCUCCACACGCCGCCAUACUCCUUCCGCCGCAAGGACGGCUCCUACGCGCGUAUACAGACGCACUUCAAGCCCUUCAAGAACCCAUGGACGAAGGACGUGGAGUGCCUGGUGGCCAACAACACGGUGGUCAGCGAGACGGACACGCCGCCCGACCUCGCGCAGCAGAACUUCGACCUAUUCAAGCAAAAGGCAGACGCGGAAAUGCAGCGGCUGAUCGACUCGCAGGUGGAGUCGCACAAGAUCGGCAGCGCCAUCGCAGAGGAGGCGCUGCGGCGCGCGUCCGCCGAGUUCUCGCCCGACCUGCCGCAGGACCUGCUGCAGGACGCCGUCUUCAACCAGCAGUGCCUGUCGUCGAACGCGAUGUACGAGCAGGCGUCGCUCGUGGACAACAUCCUGGGCGUGGACAUGUCGUCGUCGUACCAGGUGCGCAACAACGUGCCGCUGAGCGCCGCCGGCGCCGAGGGCUCGCCGCCGCCCGCCGGCGCGCCGCCGCCCGCCGGCACGCCGCCGCCGGCGUCGCCGCCGCUGCCGCCGCUCGGGCUCGACGGCAACGGCGAGGCUGCCAUGGCGGUCAUCAUGAGCCUGCUGGAAGCCGACGCCGGGCUCGGCGGGCCUGUCAACUUCUCGGGGCUGCCGUGGCCGCUGCCCUAAGCGAAAGAGGCUGCUUCACUUGAGGAGGUGCGACCUAAUCAACUUUGUUACUCGUGUACCAUCCUUCUUACCUUACUUAAAAGUUCAAAGUGACACCUUAUUUUGAAACCUUAUUUCUUUAAAUUAACAUUAGAAUUGUAUACUUGCUGUAUCCGUCUCGUGGAAUCGAUCAAUGUAGAAAGCAUUAGGGGAGGCCUAUGUUCAGCAGUGGACGUCCUAUGGCUGAAAUGAUGCAUGUGCACACGUUGAUAAUGAUGAUGUAUCCGUCUUAAAGUUCCGAAUUUAUUCGAGAUUGUGCUGUCAGUUCUGCCAUACUUACAUACUUCUAUGCAUGCUAAAGCACCUCCUUGAAGAAACCGGCUUUCUCUAAAGGUCUUCUGAAAAUGAUGUCGCGUCCUCAAGAGACGCGCGUGUAUUUUUGUUUGUUUUUUUGAGUUUUACGUCGUGUUACAGUUAUUUCGACAUUGAAGGAGAUUACAUCGAACAUGUAUCACUUAAGUGACUUCGCGAUGUACUCUCCAAGAGAUAUUUUAUUUCGAACCCUCAGUUGUAACAGACGACGCCUGAUUUGACAUCGGAUCAUUUCUCUAAUGUAGAGGAACUUUUAUUACUGCGGGUUCGAAUCGUUAGCUAUUGUAUUCUAAUGCUCAGUUCCUGUAUUCCAAGAUACAAUUCGUGUUGCCUGCGGACAUUUCAAUAUGAUAUUGUUCUUUAGGAAAUUAUGUAGUAUUAUACUUAAUAUAACUGUUCAUAUGCGAGACGAAAAGUUUCUAAAUAUAGGAACAGAGCAAAGUUAAUGUUAUUUGUCAAGAGACAACAUAAGUUUACUUUUGUUACCUAUUUGAGUUUUAUUUUGUGAUGUUAUAUUAGAAAUAAAUAAAUAAUAAUCAAUUUAGAUAAGUAUUGCGAAGUGAGAAGACCUAUAACGUUGUAUCUUAUCACUAUCGCACAGUUUUUAUCAAUUUAAGAGCAAACCAACAUGUUUAUGUCGUGAUUCAAUGUUAGAUUGUUUAUGGCACCAGUUAGCGUGUUGUCUCCGAGGCGCCUGCUCUGGGAGGCGCUUCAACAAGGGUUUAAAGGGUUUCGUAAACAACACGUUAAUUGUAAUAUUUACUACUGUAUACCAAUAGAAUCGUAUAUCGAUAUUCUUACAACUAAAUGUGAUUCCACGUAACUGUCAUUGUAUCAUGCACUGUAGCUCUAUAUACUGUCGUUGUAUUAUUAUUGAAAUGACCAAUUUUUGUAUUUAUACUUAUUUCUAUUCAAAUUAUACAUACACCGUAUGUAUAACACUAUUUUUUACUGAUAUUAGUUAAUUUAGGAGUGGAACUCUGUUGUCACGAUCAUGUUUCGUUUGAGUAUUUUUGUAUUAUGAUGAAAUAUCCUCACCGACAAGUACAAGUUGUGUUAUAAGAUUACCGACAUUGGGCGUAGGGUAGGUAGAUACGCGGUGCAACGUAGCACCGCUAUUCGACAAUAAAAUUGUAGUAUAUUUCACGUUAUGUAUUGAUUUUAAAUUAUUAUUCUUUAAGAGCAGUGAGAAUAUUUCUUCAUCCGGACUUGGUUAAGUUAAACUUCUACCAAAUUGUAGCGGAGCUGCUUUCGGCGACGCCUUUGUCCAAUAUUUUCAGAAAGUAAUAAUACGAUCUAGUCAAGUUAAAGGAAUUGUCUAUGAUUUCAAUAAAAUGCCAAUAUUUCUCUAAA